CCGGAAGUCGUGUGGUGGAAGAGGCGCCGGCCAGGAAGCGGCAAGACACGGUUUUCCCGGGAAGAACUUGGUCUCUUUUAGCUCUGACGCGCUCCGUAGUGACCCAAAAGGGUGAGGGGUCAGGCCAGAGAGUUGUAGGUCAUGGCGCUGGCCGCGCGACUCUGGCGCUUUCUCCCUUUGGCACACGGUACUGUCCGGAAACCUUGGCUGUUAACGGGUGUUGCUGGCAGCUGGGGACGGUGCUGUACUUGGCGACUCCGCGGCUCUGAGGUGAUGGGAAACCUAGGAGCUUUCAAAAGAAGCCUUUUAUUCUCAGCCUUAUCUUAUUUGGGUUUUGAAGCAUAUCAAGUAUUUUCCCAGGCUGCUGUGGUUCAUGCCAUAGCCAAAGUGUUCAGAGUUGAAGAAAUUCUUGAACAAGCAGACUACCUAUAUGAGAGUGGAGAAACAGAAAAACUUUAUCAGUUGCUGACUCAAUACAAGGAAAGUGAAGACGCAGAGUUACUGUGGCGUUUGGCACGGGCAUCACGUGACAUAGCUCAGCUUAGUGGAACCUCAGAAGAGGAGAAAAAGCUCUUGGUCUAUGAAGCCCUAGAGUAUGCAAAAAGAGCACUAGAAAAAAAUGAACGCAGUUUUGCAGCUCAUAAGUGGUAUGCAAUCUGUAUUAGUGAUGUUGGAGAUUAUGAAGGCAUCAAGGCUAAAAUUGCAAAUGCUUACAUUAUCAAGGAGCAUUUUGAGAAAGCAAUUGAACUGAACCCAAAAGAUGCUACCUCCAUUCACCUUAUGGGUAUUUGGUGUUAUACAUUUGCUGAAAUGCCUUGGUAUCAAAGAAGAAUUGCUAAAAUGCUGUUUGCAACUCCUCCUAGUUCCACCUAUGAGGAGGCCUUAGGCUACUUUCACAGGGCAGAGCAAGUGGAUCCAAACUUCUACAGCAAAAACUUGCUUCUUUUAGGAAAGACCUAUUUGAAGUUACACAACAAAAAGCUUGCUGCCUUCUGGCUAAUGAAAGCCAAGGACUAUCCAGCACACACAGAGGAGGAUAAACAGAUACAGACAGAAGCUGCUCAGUUGCUUACAGGUUUCAGUGACCAGAAAUGAGAAUUUGUCAAAGAAAGUACAUGAAGUAUCUAAGAAACACUGCCUUUUCAUCACAUUACAAAGAUAAUACAUAAAUAAUAUAUAAACCAUAAAUGUG